ACGAAGAAGAACUAGUGACGACAGUGAAAUGGCUGCCCCCACGGAGAAUGGGAGACACUUUGGUCAAUGGAUAGGCAUUUUGUUAUUUUUGGGGGGUUUCAUACCCUCUGCCACGGCGCUCAUCGAGGGACUUUAUUGUGGCACCGAGAUUUGUUACGAUGUACUCGGAGUGUCGAGAGAAGCGGCCAAAUCGGACAUAGGUCGUGCUUACAGACAGCUAGCCAGAAAGUAUCACCCGGAUAGAUUCUCAAGUCUUGCAGGCGAGACUCGUGAAAGUGCUCAUCAAAAAUUUCUGCUCAUUGCAACUGCAUAUGAAACUCUGAAGGUAAGUGGAGGAAACCUCACAGAUGAUUCGUACCAUAGCCCUCCGUUGCUUCAGCUCUCUGGCCAAGCUAGUUUUGCCGGCUCUUGCUGACGUCAACUUAUGCUGUAUGCCAAUGUGGCACUUUUCUCAACUCCUGAAUCAAAGGCCCUCAGUCAAAUUGAUCGUUUUGUCUUGGCUUAUAGUGGACCAAUACUGUCAAUUACCAUUUACUCAAUAGACCCGAAGAGGCUCGCAGGAAAGUCAUCAGUAAUAGUCCCUUUUCACAUAGCUACAGGAGUAGUAGCCAGAGAAAGGGUAGAGCAGGUAUGUCCGUCCUGCUUCUCGGAGUAGGGGUGCUCUUCUAGGAUCAGGCCCCCCCCCAUGGCCAUUAUCCUGCUUGUUUGCUGUAAUCCAAAAGGCGAAACUGAUCCUAAGUAAGAGCUUCUACUCUGAGACGCUUGAUACAUACUAUGCACACGGCUCUAAACCAUUCUGAUAAAGGGGUUAUCUUCUCGUAACUUGUACUUGUUACUAGGCCUGUUAUCCAAGUAGUCGGAAUAGUUUGAUGUAGGAAGAUUAAAAUAAGACCCAUUUUCCUCCUGCGUAUCAGGAUGAGGACUCCCGUAGAGAUUACGACUACAUGCUGGACCACCCGGAACAGUACUACAGCCACUACUACACCUACUACAGCAGACGGCUGGCACCUAAAGUCGACGUGCGGAUUGUCAUUCUGGUGACCGUGGUUGCUAUAUCAAUCUUUCAGGUACAGUCGUAUCUUCACACGCUCUGAAUGUCUCUUGGCUUAAAUGCAAUAUUUAUUUCAACGCAAAACUGUUUUUACACGUUUAAGCCAAGAGUCCCACGUGGCAACAUAUUUCAAAUCCGACAGGGCUCUGGUCAAAAGCAGUGCACUGUAUAGGGAAUAGGGUGCCAAUUUGGGAAACAUCUUAACAGUUCUGAUUUAUUACUGUUUUUCUUCCUUCAGUACUACAGUUGGUGGGCCAGCUACACUGAAGCCAUCAACUACCUAUCAACAGUCCCCAAGUACCGUAUCCAGGCGACAGAGAUAGCCAAGCAGCUGGGUCUCCUGAACAAGACAAAAGAGAAGGGUAAGAACCGACGGUCCAAAGAGGAGAUCAGGGAACAGGAAGAAGAGAUCAUCCGUGACAUCAUCAAGAACAAGAUCGACAUCAAGGGAGGCUACCAGAAGCCUAAAAUCUUGGACAUCCUGCUCUGUAAGAUUGUCCUGUUCCCCUACUGCCUGUGUGCCUACGUGGUCUGGUACUGUAAGUGGAUGUACAGGUUCACCAUCUGCAGAGAGGAGUACGGAGACGAGGAGAAGCUGUACAUCAUCAGGAAGAAUAUGAACAUGUCUCAGUCUCAGUUUGACGGUCUGGAGGAGGAGCAGAGAGAGACCUUCCUGGAGAGGCAGCUCUGGAUCAAAGACAACUAUGAGGUCUGGAGUAACGAAUGUAGCAGUAGUAGUAGUAGUGGUGGCGGCGGCAGAAGUAGUAGUAAUAGUUGUAAUAGUAGUAGUAUAGUUGUUGUAGUAAUAGUUGUAGUAUAGUUGUAGUAGUAGUAGUAGUAGUUGUAGUAUAUGUGUAGUAGUAGUAGUAUAGUUGUAGCAGCAGUAGUAAUAGUUGUAGUAUAGUUGUAGUAGUAGUAUAGCUGUAGUAGUAGUAUAGUUGUAAUAGUUGUAGUAGUAGUAUAGUUGUAGUAGUAGUAUAGUUGUAGUAACAGUAGUAAUAGUUUAGUAUAGUUGUAGUAGUAGUAUAGGUGUAGUUGUAGUAUAGUUGUAGUAUAAGUGUAGUAGUAGUAUAGUUGUUGUAGCAGUAGUAAUAGUUGUAGUAGUAAUAUAGUUGUAGUAGUAGUAUAGUUGUAGUAGUAAUAUAGUUGUAGCAGCAGUAGUAAUAGAUGUAGUAUAGUUGUAGUAGUAGUAGUAUAGUUGUAGUAGCAGUAGUAAUAGAUAUAGUAUAGUUGUAGUUGUAGUAUAGUUGUAGUAGUAGUAUAGUUGUAGUAGCAGUAGUAAUAGAUUAGUAUAGUUGUAGUAGUAGUAUAGUUGUAGUAUAGUUGUCGUAGUAGUAUAGUUGUAGUAGCAGUAGUAAUAGAUGUAGUAUAGUUGUAGUAGUAGUAUAGUUGUAGUAGCAGUAGUAAUAGAUGUAGUAUAGUUGUAGUAGGAGUAUAGUUGUAGUAGUAAUAGUAACAGGAACAGUGUGAAGCAUUGCACCAUGUAUUACAAUGUUAUUACAACAAAUAGAUGUUUUGCCAACUCCUUGUCACUCAUUGUCACGCCAUGUUUGGCAAGAGAGCAGAAACAGACUGACACUGAUGGGAAAUGGGUCCAGAUUUAAAACCCCAAAUGAUUUCUGAAUGAGUUUGUACUAUUUCUGUUUGUAUUGCGUUAUGUUGUUAUACAGGUGUACAAGGAGGAGCAGGAGGAAGAGAUGAAGAUGAAGAUGGCCCUGGACCCCAGGUGGAAGAGGUACCGACGGUGGAUGAAGAAUGAAGGACCUGGACGACUCACUUUUAUUGACGAUUGACAACAUGCAUAUCAUAUAUUGCACCUGACUUGUGCCAGUUAUACAUUCACACUGUGUUUAUACAGUCACACUGUUAUACAGUCACAUUGUGUUUAUACAGUCACAUUGUGUUUGCAUACCUGUGUAUUUGUGAAUAAAUCUACUGAUGAUGUGUAUACAGACGAUUGAAAAUAAUGCCUGUUUGUAUGGAUAAUUAUUUUCAGAGAUAUUGUAUUGGGGCAGUAUAUA